UAAAAGACGGUUAAUGCCCGCCUUUAAUUUCAGAGCCUUCACAUUCUCCCUUUCAAGCAAUCUGUAUUGUCGUCGGUUCCAUGUUCACCGAUUCAAACCGCAAAUCCCAUUAUCCGGUACCCAUUACUCCAAACUCAGAUUUGAUGAUUCCCAGAUCCUCGAAUGCCUCUCCCAGCAGCGACUUCGAGAAGCACGGCAUAUGCUCGAUGAAAUGCCUAACAGAGGCGUCCUGGAUCGUGUUGUCUGUUGGACCUCGUUGCUCUCAAAGUUCUCAAAAAAUGGUUUCAUUGAUGAAGCGCGAGCUCUGUUUGAGAUCAUGCCCGAGAGAAAUGUUGUCACCUAUAAUGCGAUGCUGUCAGGUUAUGUGCAAUGUGGGAGAUUGAGUGAUGCUUGCCGGUUUUUUGAAGAGAUGCCAGAGCGGAACGUUGUGUCAUGGACUUCACUGCUUUGUGGAUUAGCAAAUGCAGGGAGGAUUGGUGAGGCGAGGGAGUUGUUCAAUGUGAUGCCAGAGAGGAAUGUUGUUUCUUGGAAUUCAAUGCUUGUUGGGUUGAUUAGGAGUGGGCAAUUGGAGGAAGCUAGGCGGGUUUUCAAUGAAAUGCCAGUCAAGAGUCAAGUUUCUUGGAAUGUGAUGAUUGCAGGGUAUGCUGAGCAUAGUAGAAUGGAAGAAGCCAGAGUUUUAUUUGAUGGAAUGGGAGAUCGAAAUGUAGUUACUUGGACUAGCAUGAUUUCUGGUUAUUGUAGGGCUGGUAAUGUUCAAGAGGGGUAUUGUUUGUUUCAGAAGAUGCCUGAGAGAAAUGUUGUCUCUUGGACGGCCAUGAUUGGUGGUUUUGCUUGGAAUGGAUUCUACAAAGUGGCCUUGUUGCUUUUCCUUGAAAUGAAAGGUAAUUAUGACAUGAAACCAAAUGAUGAGACCUUUAUUUCACUGGCUUAUGCAUGUGCUGGAAUAGGUUUUCCUCAUCUUGGCAUGCAGUUACAUGCUCAUUUGAUAAUUAACUGUUGGGACUAUGAUGACUACGAUGGAAGGCUAUUUAAGAGCUUGAUCCACAUGUACUCAAUGUUUGGCUUCAUGGACUUUGCAUGGUAUAUAUUUUUCAGGAACUCAAUGAGCUAUAAUACUCAAUCUUGUAAUUCUAUGAUUAAUGGAUAUAUUCGAAUUGGACAGUUGGAGAAGGCCCAAAGCUUGUUUGACACAAUACCCGUCCGAGACAAGAUUUCCUGGACUUCUAUGAUCAAUGGUUAUUUUAAUGUUGGUCAAAUAGCAAAGGCAUGUUAUCUGUUUAAUAACAUGCCUGAUAGAGAUGCUGUCGCGUGGACAGUAAUGGUAUCAGGGCAUGUUCAAAAUGAGCUAUUUGCAGAAGCUACCUACUUAUUUUCAGAAAUGCGGGUUAAGGGGGUUUCACCUCUCAAUUCUACAUUUUCUAUUCUGCUUGGAGCUGCAGGUGCAAUGGCCUAUCUUGAUCAAGGCAGGCAGUUCCAUUGCCUGCUGAUGAAAACACAAUUUGAAUUCGACUUGAUUCUUCAGAAUUCCUUGAUCUCAAUGUAUGCAAAAUGUGGGGAGAUAGGUGAUGCAUAUAGCAUUUUCUCAAAAAUGAUUUCCCGGGAUUUGAUCUCUUGGAAUUCCAUGAUAAUGGGGUUUUCACAUCAUGGGCUAACAAGUGAAGCUCUAAAGGUCUUUGAAGCAAUGUUGACAUCUGGGACACACCCAAAUUCUGUUACCUUUUUGGGCAUUCUGUCAGCAUGUAGCCAUGCAGGUCUACUUAACCAAGGGUGGGAGCUAUUUGAUGCUAUGAGUGAUGUGUUUGCAAUUCAACCUCAAUUGGAGCACUAUGUUUGUAUGGUUAAUCUUUUGGGCCGAGCAGGGAAAGUGGAGGAAGCAGAAGAGUUCAUUUUGAAGCUGCCUUUUGAGCCAGACCUUACUAUUUGGGGGGCAUUGCUUGGUGUAUGUGGGUUUGGUAUGAUAAAUACAGGGGUUGCCAGACGUGCAGCCAAACGACUCCUUGAAUUGGAUCCUUUAAAUGCACCAGCCCAUGUAGUGCUCUGCAACAUACAUGCUUCAAUUGGUCAACGUGCUGAAGAGGGACAGUUGAGAAAGGAAAUGGGAUUGAAGGGGGUGAGGAAGGUUCCUGGAUGUAGUUGGAUUUUGCUGAAAGGGGAACCUUACGUGUUCUUGUCAGGAGAUAGAAUACACCCACAAGCUGAUGAGAUGUUGUCACUCUUAUUUGGGACUGAAGAUGAAUCACGCUGAAUGCAGCACGAGCCUUUAUUGUUUGACUGCAAAAAUUUUGGUGACAUUGCCAAAAGUAGACCAUAACCCCCAUCAUUGAUGUUGGUUGGAGUUGGAAGGGCUCUAUAAUUGAGAGUUUCCCUUUUAUCUUUAGACUAGAAAGUCACAUACUGCACAAAUGCAUAGCUCUCCUGUGGUUAUGGAGAAGAAAGGUUAUGAUAAAACAUCUUUUUUGAAGAUUCAUAUCUUUAAUUAUCAGCAGAUGGUUUGCCCAUGCAGAACGAAGAACAAUGACUAUCAGUCAGAGAAAGCAAUAUAGUUCAAAUUCUGGAAGAAAUGCAUGUCUAAAUGGAAGCUGUUUUGGUUGUAGAAUAUUACUAUUUAAAGAACAAGCUUCCUCCAUGGUGAGAAGAAUGGCAUCCCAGUCUACCAGUGCAGUCUUUCAAAUUCAAGAACUAUGAUGCUAUCUGCUUCUCUCUCUUCUUUGUUGGGCUUAUGAUUUCAACAUCAACAUGUAGGAUAUAGAUUUGCUUCUCUCAACAUUCCAAGAAGGCCUUUGGAGGAGAGGACGGCUGUUUCUCUUCCUGAUUCAGAUGACAUAGUUCUGGGCCCGUUGUAUCAGAAGAACAUUUCCAUAAGCCUUUAGAUACUCAUGCUCUCAGGGAUUUGGAUGAAUCAGUUGAACUUCGAAGACAAAGGUAAUGCUUCUUAGUGCUUACAAUACUAAUGAAGCUUCAUUUCUCAUUAGCUUUUAGCUUAAGGGUAAUCCAUGUCUUGGUAGGUAUGGUAUAAUUAGUAUUGUAAUCUAACAUGGAAAUAAAGAAAGCUCUGGUCUUCCCCAUUGUUAAUAAAACUAAAGAAUCUAAUCUUUUGAGUAAUUGAUAAUUUUAUUGAAAGAAGUUAAA